CGUCAGCAAUGGCCUGUCCACGCACGUAUCCCGCCAUGACAAUCUCAUACGACCCAUACUCUUACUACUGUCCGCCGACUGGCGACGAUGAUCGCUUCCUUCACAUCUCCCGCGGCGCUGCUCGCCCUGCAUCCAGCUGCGACCCCCGCCGCGCAUCCAUCUGGUCGACAUCCUCUAUCUGCUCUGAUGGCUCCUCUCUCGACCUCGAUGACCGCGCACAUGACUUUGACGACGACGACGACCUGCUCGUAACCCCCAUCUCACCCGCAGAGUCCAGCUCAAGUCGGACGUCAUGGUCGUCCAUGGCCUCGUCAUCCUCCAGCACUAGCCGCUGCAGUGCGACUGCUCAGGAGCCUUCCGAGCGCUUCAGACGGACAAGCUCCGGUAAGCCUCGAGGUCCGCGCCCGCUGCCGGCACUACCCACCAGCCAACCUUCCUCACCCUGCUCCAUGCCCUCCUCCCUGCCGACGACCCUGCCAGUAAAGGUCACACCUCCGCUCCGUCUCAGUCUCAAGUUUGUUGCCCCUCCCCCUUCGUAUGAAGAAGCGAUAAGCGCUGGCGCACAAACACCAGUAUCAACGUCUUCACAGGAGUCGGAACGGUUACGGCGACCAGCGAGCUAUCCAGGACCGUUUCCGUUCGAUGCAGAAACAGAAAUCGAUGCUUCACCUGCAGAAUUUCUGACUUCGCCUACGGAAGAGACAAUCAUUGAUUGGGAGCGCAUAGAGGAAGGCGGGACACGUUUCGAAUCGGUCGCUCGGACAUCCCGAAGCUACUCCAAAAAGCUGUUUCAUACUCUUAUCGGACGCGCUCGCAUUGUCGCGCACUCGAUUAUUCCGACGUGUUUAAACCAAAAAGGAGACUUAUUGCGCAUGCCAAACGCAUCGACACCCGAGGCAUUCUAUGCGCCGUCGCUUGUUCGCGUUGGGAUACGUCAAUGGCGGUCAGAAUUCAUUGGCUUGGUCUGUGAUUGGCCAACACCGUCUCCUUCCCGACAUCAACGAUCUACUGGUGUAUUUCACACGCCAGACACAUGCAACACGACGAUUGUUGCCAACGAACGUAGGAUGCCGUCGACGGCACAUUCGAGCUUAUUCCGACGGUUCAUCACAUCUCAAUCUCAACCUUUUCCGUUCGCCGCUGAGGCACCUUCCAUGGAACUCCUUUUGAUUUCUUUCUCAUCCAAAAUUAUCAGUUCAUGA